GCAGGAAGUAAAAAAUGCUGCGCUGAUCAAAUUCAUACGGAAUAUUUGAAUUUAACAACCGUAACCAGAGGAUGCGAAUUUUAACGCCAGGGUCGCCGAACAGCCUGUAAAGAGACGACAGGAGUGCAGCCAGACAAAUGAGUGUGCGCGCUUUGUGGAUUAUUUCUCACGAGAAGGGAGAACAUGUAUCAAUGCGCUUUACAAGGAGGUUUGCUACUGUUGAGCACCGUGCGAAGAGCCUCGCAGGUUCCUCUUACGUAGCAGUCCCAGAAGACUACAGUGUGCUGCAGCUGCUGCUCGCCGAGCUCGGGCUUUCAGACUCGGACAAGUGCUACGUGGCCCUCCGCGAUGAUUGCCUACAUCGUCAGCGAUCACCAGCCGUGGAGCUGUGCGUGGACGGUCCUGGAAAGGGAAUACUUUGGCCAGUGUUGGCAAUCUCCCAGGGGCCUCUUACCCUAGCGUGCCUGCCCAUAGUGGAUGCCCCCGCUGAGCCACGGCCUCCCCUUGCCAGCCUGCUGUCGGUCUCCCAGGGCCUAACGCUCUUGGCAGGUCUGCAGACUUUUCUCCUUGGCUCUGGGGGGAAGCCUGAUAACGAGGGGCUGGCCUCUCGCCUGGCCAUGCUUCCAUCUUUGCUCUUGCAGGUUUGUCCACUUGGCACGCCGCUGGAUGUGCCGAUUUCGGGGGCACCUGCCACAUCCGCGGUGCCCACUCCCGCUGGGAGCCAGAAGCAGCCGUUCUGGAAGACGGGGCUCCACCGCGGCCGGGCGGUGGUGAACGUGGCGCUCAAAGAAACGGUGCGCUCCAUGCAGUAUGGUAAGCGGAGCAGACAGGACCUGUGGGAUGUUUACGGCACCGUGACAUGCAAAUGUGAAGUGGAAGGUGUACUCCCAAAUGUGACGGUGACCCUCACGCUGCCACCAAAUGGUUCUCCACUUCAGGACAUCCUGGUCCAUCCUUGUGUGACCUCACUGGAUUCUUCUAUCCUGACUGCCAGCAGUGUGGAUAACUGUGACGGCUCAGCUUUCUCUGGGCCCUACAAGUUCCCCUUUUCUCCUCCUCUGGAGCCCUUCAGGCUGUGCAGCUAUACAUCUCCGGUACCUGUUCCCCCGAUCCUCGGCUCCUAUCAACUGAGGGAGGAAGGGAACCAGCUUUGUGUGUCCGUAACCCUCAAACUUCACGAGAGUGUGAAGAACUGUUUUGAGUACUGUGAGGCGCACAUGCCGUUCUUUAACAGGGACCAGAUGGGUGUUGUGGAAGUGAAGGUGAGCUCUGGACAAAUGGACGUUUCAAAGGAGAAGAACCUCGUGGUCUGGGGCCUGGGACAAAAGUUCCCUAAAUCUCGUGAGGUCUCAAUGGAGGGCAAGAUCAGCUUUCCCGGGCCGACACCGGGACCCACUGAUCCUAUUUGCACAGAACUUACAGCCUAUAUCAAAUUGUAUUUCAAAGUGCCCGACAUGACGCUCUCUGGGUGCUGUGUUGACCAGCACUCAGUGCAGGUGUAUUCCUCUGCCAAGCCACGGAUCAUCACAUCCAGAGAACUUCAAUCCAAAGAGUACUUCAUAUGGAAUUCCAGUGGAACUGCUCCGGUGUCCUCUGGGCAGAUGAUGCUGUAGCACGGACACGUUAAGAGGGAAGGUGCUCGCGUCACUGCGACGUAACAAGACUGAAAACUGUUGAGCAAAUACUUUACAGUGAUCCAGAUCACCAAUCCCCGGAAACGUGUUACCGGUAACAUUUAGAUAACAGUCAAUGGUCAGCAGAUAAUAUUAAAAUCAUCUCGUCAUUUUGCAUUGACUGGCAGAAGUAUUCAUUUUGUUGAUUGAGCGAUACUUUGAAAAACACAACAACCUGUUCCUAGAGUCCCAACUUUUAUCCCACAACAUUCACCCUCCCUCUGAUUUAUCCCACUGCAGACACAAGGGCCACCCCUCGCUCCGACAGUCCCACUUCACUGACUCUCUAUCAGCCGGAUAAUUAGCAGCUGGGGUCUUGUCAUCAGCUGUUGUGGGGCCCGGACGAGAGGGGCGGCGGGGCUGUGAAAGGCCUGUCUGCUCUGGCCAGUGUCUUGGCUACAAAAGACUCCUCUUUUGGAGCUGGCAGGAGUCCUUGUCCCCCCCCCCCCCUCUUUUUGACCCCAUCCCCGCCCUGUCAACUAGUGGCUGGUUCAAACACUCAACCUCUCCAGCCAGACUGUGAUUGAGCGCUGACCUUCUGGCCCUCUGAGACUUAAAAGCAGCCGGCCCCAUUCAGAGAGAAGGACCGGCCUAAUUGGUGAAAAGGUCACAGGAAUGGAAAAUGGAAAUGAUUGGGUCACCUCUGGGCUGCGUUAACGCUUAUUAAUUAAUGUAGAACCUGAGGUAUUUUAUUUGGAUCCAUAUUGCAUUAAAGAUGGUAGUUAAGUAAGGGCACGUAGUUCAAGAUGUUUCUCACUCUUCACAUUAACAAUGAUGGAUUCCGUAAAGCUCGAUUUACAUUUCCCCCAUGAAAGCUCCACCUCCACUGCGUUAAGGUAAAUAAAUAUCUGGCCGAUGAAGGGUUAAAUCAAAGACUAUUCCACAGCAGCCAGACUCCUCUGAGUGGCCUCAUUGUCCGCCGUUGGCCUCUUGUGCCCCUCGCUGCUCCAAAUGCUACAUUCUCACGUGGAUUUCCACUCAGAAGGCCGACCAUGACCAAUCCUCUGUCAAUUGGAACCAAUUGCUCACACGGCAUCCUUCACCUUCUUUUUAUGUAGCGGCACGGAGUGGCAGACACCGAGACCUCCCGGCUCCCCCCCCACCCCGCACCAUGAUUUGGCUUUAACGCCCAGUGUGUUUGGCUAGCGAACUGGAAAAGGAGACAGGGUUUUUUUUUUUAAAUGUUUUUUUUGAAGAGUUUGGCCGCUCUAAAUCUCCUCAGUUUCCCAAUAUGUGGUCAGUCUGGCUCCUCCAGUCUGCAGUCAGUGGGCUGACUUUGCUUUGUUGGUUGAAUGGCUCGCUAAGUAGACGCACUCGUUUUAAUGUGUUCUUCUGCUCCAGUGCCUUCAGCUCUUGCCUCUUGGGGUCUUUUGUUUGUGCCUUUUUUGUUUACUUCGUCCUUGUUUACUCUUGUAUACACAGUGACAACAAAGGGACACUUUCGAACAAUAACGAUAAUUUGUCAGGGUGAAGUAACUGUGUGGAUGGUUAAAAAAUACAUGUACAUGUUAAUACCUCACAACGUUGCAUAGCCUGAAAUACGCAAAAUUACCUUCUUAUUCCAAAAUAUUACUUUUAUUACUGUUAUUCACUUAAGUGUGUGACUUUACUUCUGUGUCCUUUGACCCAAUAAUGACACCCAGUGGUAGAAUGCAAUAAAGUUACAUUUAAACCGUUCUUUUACACACUUAAAUGCUAAUUUCAUCUACCAGCACUACCAGAUAAUCUUCAUGUUUAAUUCCCCCAUGUCCCAGCAAUGAGCUCACUGUGCCUGAGGACCAGGCUUCAGUUGGCCAUUGUGUCCCCAGGUGUUGGUUUGGAGUCCAGUCCUCCGUAUCUGCAACCCCUUUAAAAGACGGCCCCGGGUCGAGCGCUUGCAGUGCAAUUAUCUGUUUUCCGACUAAUUAUUGUUCGACAGCUACAUCUUCACACAUAAUGGGAUGUCGUCAUACUGAGGGAUUCUUUUGUUUUCAUUUCUAUAGCAAAUGCCUACUAAUAAGGCUGAAGCUUCAAAGCUGGCUGAUAUGAAUCACAACUCUUUGAACUACA